AUGGAAGGUUUGAAGCAGACAUUCAAGCGGUGCAAGGCCGAGAACAGGUCUGCCCUUGUGACCUAUGUCACUGCGGGCUACCCUAAGCCCGAGGACACGCCGAAUAUUAUGAUGGCCAUGCAAAAGGGUGGUGCAGACGUCAUAGAGCUCGGUGUUCCCUUUACAGACCCCAUCGCCGAUGGCCCUACCAUUCAGACCGCCAAUACCGUCGCCCUCGAAAAUGGCGUUACAGUUGGUCACGUAAUACAGAUGGUUCGCGACGCCAGGAAACAAGGAUGUACAGUCCCUGUGCUGUUGAUGGGCUACUACAACCCCCUGUUGUCGUAUGGUGAGGAGGCCUUGCUUAGAGACUGCAAGGAGGCUGGUGUGAACGGAUUCAUCGUCUGCGAUCUGCCCCCAGAGGAGGCUGUUUCCUUCCGCAAAUUCUGCAGCAGUGGUGGUCUCAGUUACGUCCCCUUAAUUGCCCCUGCCACUAGCGACGCACGCAUGAAGCUUCUUUGCGCCCUGGCCGACAGCUUCAUCUAUGUUGUCUCCCGACAGGGCGUCACUGGCGCUUUGGGAUCGCUCAAUGCCAACCUUCCUGCCCUCGUCGCCAGAGUCAAGUCUUACAGUGGUAACAAGCCGGCCGCCGUCGGAUUCGGUGUCUCCACUCGGGACCAUUUCAAGAGCGUCGCCGAAGUCGCAGAUGGCGUCGUCAUUGGCUCACAAAUUGUGAGCACCCUGCAAAAGGCCGAGGCCGGCAGCGGGCCCAAGGCUGUCGAGGAAUAUUGUGCGUAUGUUUGCGGCCGCUCCACAUCGGCAGAUGAAGAGCACACGCGCGAGGUGGGCAUUGUCGAGGCUAUCAAUGGCGCCAAGGAGCCCGAGGCGGCUCCCACUGUCAAUGGUGUUAUUACUGAGCAGGACGACGCCGAUCUGGUAGCCAAGUUGGGUGCCCUGCAUGGCAGCAUCCCCGACCGCUUCGGCGAGUUCGGUGGUCAAUAUGUGCCCGAGUCCUUGAUGGACUGCCUGUCACAGCUUGAGGAGGGAUUCAACGCCAUCAAGGACGACCCCAAGUUCUGGGAGGAGUACCGCUCAUACUACCCGUGGAUUGGCCGGCCGGGACACCUCCAGCUUGCCGAGCGCCUGACCGAGUACGCCGGAGGCGCCAACAUCUGGUUGAAGCGCGAGGAUCUUAACCACACUGGAUCGCACAAGAUCAACAAUGCCCUAGGACAGAUCCUACUUGCCAGGAGACUGGGCAAGACCAAGAUCAUUGCCGAGACUGGCGCUGGACAACACGGUGUUGCCACUGCGACUGUCUGCGCCAAGUUCGGCAUGGAAUGUACAGUAUACAUGGGUGCCGAGGAUGUCCGCCGCCAGGCCCUCAAUGUCUUCCGAAUGCGCCUGCUCGGCGCAAAGGUUGUUGCUGUCGAGGCUGGCUCCAAGACGCUCCGUGACGCCGUCAACGAGGCUCUGCGAGCCUGGGUGGUCGACCUGGACGAUACUCACUACAUCAUUGGAUCUGCCAUUGGUCCUCACCCCUUCCCCACCAUUGUUCGAACUUUCCAGUCGGUCAUUGGAAACGAGACCAAGGAACAGCUGCUUGCCAAGCGUGGCAAGCUGCCGGACGCCGUCGUGGCUUGCGUCGGUGGAGGUUCGAAUGCCGUGGGUAUGUUCUAUCCCUUCAGCAAUGACCCGAGCGUGAAGCUCUUGGGAGUCGAGGCUGGAGGCGAUGGUGUCGAGACUGCAAGGCACAGCGCUACGCUCUCUGGAGGUACCAAGGGUGUUUUGCACGGUGUUCGUACCUAUGUCCUCCAGAAUGAGCAUGGUCAGAUUUCCGACACCCACUCCGUCUCUGCCGGUCUUGACUACCCGGGUGUUGGCCCCGAGUUGGCAUCCUGGAAGGACAGCGAGCGUGCCAAGUACAUUGCUGCAACGGAUGCCGAAGCCUUCACUGGUUUCAAGCUGAUGUCCCAGCUCGAGGGUAUCAUUCCUGCUCUUGAGAGUGCGCACGGCAUCUACGGGGCCAUUGAGCUUGCCAAGACUAUGAAGAAGGGCGAAGAUAUUGUCAUUUGCCUCAGUGGACGUGGAGACAAGGAUGUACAGAGUGUGGCCGAAGAGCUGCCUACGAUUGGUCCCAAGAUUGGCUGGGAUCUACGCUUCUAA